UCGAGACAAUUUAAUUUGGGAAAUUGCAAUCCAGUAUCCAAUCUUUUUGGUUUCUUCAUAGGGAAAUCGCCACUCCGCAGCCGACCUUUCACUGCUUCUUCUGCCUCUCGUUACGGUCGGCGAUCAGCGGAGCAGCUUCUUCUGCUCUGCUGAAGUGAAAGAGGUGACGCUUCUCAUUCUAGGGUUUGAUGCAAUCCGCAGAUUUCGCAUUGGCCUCAUCAAUGAAUCAACUGACUUGCAGUUGCCGCCGGAAUUUGAUAGUCUGAGCUGGAAGAGCGGCACUUGCUGUUGCAAUGGAACCCCAAAAUCUCGAUGGUGGCACUGCCGAAGUUGAGGUCCUGCCGUUUGAUUUCUCGGUCGAGAACCACGUCAAAGCGACGGACAUGGUCGCUAGGCUCUGCGGGGAGGAGGGCAGCACCGUUGAGGACGGAGAGAUCGCGAGGUUGUCGUCAUCCAUGAAAUUCUUAAGGGAAUGGAGAUUCUUUAACUAUGAACCUCGGGUUGUCAAGUUUUCGUCCCAAACGGGUGUUGCGGCAGACGGUCAUGCUCUCGGGUCCGUAAGUCUACCACAGUUCUCGUCAUCAACUCUUCCCAAGAUGCAGGAUAAAAAAGAUGAGGGAAGUGCAACUGCAGAACAAAGGAAAGACUUUCUUAUGUAUGUUGGAGGUCCUGUCUGGGCAUUGGACUGGUGUCCUAGAGCUGAUGGAAGGCCUGACUGCCAUAUUAAACAGGAGUUUAUUGCUGUUGCUGCUCAUCCUCCAGGAUCAUCAUAUCACAAAUUAGGUUGCCCACUCACUGGAAGAGGGAUUGUUCAGAUAUGGUCUCUUCUUAAUAUCGUGGGAAAUGAUGAACGGGCACCUUCAGUUCGAAAACCAAAACAGAGGCGUAAAACUGCUGAAGCCAUGAGAGAGAAAUCAACUGAGCCAAAGCGACCUAGAGGAAGACCCAGAAAGGAAGCCACGAUAGAGAAAUCGACUCAGCCAAAGCGACCUAGAGGAAGACCCAGAAAGGAAGCAACGAUAGAAUGUCCUAGUGAUAAUAACCCUAACAAUAUUCAAUUUGUCCAGGCUCUCACAAUUCAGUGCCCCGAGAAAGCUUUGGUAUUGACUAACAGUAUAGCUGAGGUUUCUGAGACUGCUCAGCCACCUAUUAUAAAAACUUAUUUCAGGAGAAAACGGAGAAGUUCCAGUAAAGUGGCAGCAUCUGUGGAGAAUAGUAAGCGUGUACCGUCAACAGAAGAAAGUGAGAAAAAUGGAUUUUCCUCUAUGAAUCAUUGUAGCUCUAGAACUGACUCGGCAACUCAGGAGAUGGCUAUUGAGGACACUUCCUUGGACAUUAACCCAGUUGUUAGUUAUUUCCCAAAGGAUGCAGCAGCGUCUGUGGAGGAUAGUAAAUGUCCACAAUCAAUAGAAGAAAGUGAGAGAAAUAUAUGUUCGUAUAUGAAUCAUCGUAACUCCAGAAUGGACUUUGCCACUCAGGAGAUGGCUAUGGAUGAUACUUCCUUGGACAUUAGCCCAGUUGUUAGUUAUUUCCCAAAGGACGUUGCCUUACCAAGAUUGGUCCUUUGCCUCGCUCAUAAUGGAAAAGUUGCAUGGGAUGUUAAGUGGUGCCCAACUUAUAAUUCAGAGGAAUCAAAAUGCAAAUAUCGGAUGGGAUAUCUUGCAGUGGUGCUGGGAAAUGGAUCUUUGGAAGUGUGGGAGAUUCUGAUGCCUAGUACCAUGAAUCUUAUUUAUUCUUGCAUGAAGAAAGAGGGCACUGAUCCUCGUUUUGUGAAAGUGGAACCUGUAUUCAGGUGCUCCAAGUUAACAUCUGGUGGCAUGCAAAGCAUACCUCUUACUGUAGAGUGGUCACCUUCACCGCAGCAGUACUUAAUGGCUGGUUGCCAUGAUGGGACGGUAGCUUUGUGGAAGUUCUCUGCAAGUGAUUCACCUAAAGAUACGAGGCCUCUGCUUUGUUUUAGUGCAGAUACAGUUCCCAUUAGAGCGCUUGCCUGGGCCCCUCAUGGAAGUGAUCGAGAAUGUGCAAGUGUCGUAGCUACUGGUGGAGAUGGAGGCAUUAAGUUUUGGGAUAUUCGAGACCCAUUCCGUCCUUUGUGGGACCUUCAUUCUGCGUCAAAGAUAUACAGUCUCGAUUGGCCACAGGAUCCUAGGUGCAUUAUUUUCUCAUAUGAUGACGGAACACUAAAAUUUAUGAGUUUGUUGAGAUCUGUGAACGAUCUUCCUGUCACCGGCAAACCAUUUGUUGGGACAAAGCAACAAGGGCUGCAUAGUUUCGAGUGUUCAUCCUUCCCCACAUGGAGCGUUCAUGUUUCACGAUCUAAUGGGAUGGUUGCAUAUUGCAGUGCUGAUGGUACUGUUCAUCAUUUCGAGCUCACGUCCAAGGCAGUGCACAAAAGUCAUUCGCGAUAUCGGUCCCCACACUUACUGUGUGUUUCCGUCACUGUUGCCGAGGAUGAUUCCACAAUAAUUCUGAACAGUGCUCCAUCAAGCACUCCAAUUACAUUAAAGAAGACAAACAAUGUUGUUGACCCAGAAGAGAAGGUUAACAGGAGGGAGAAGUCGAAAGGCCUAGACUCUGAUGAUGCGCCAUUAGCACUUUCUUAUGAUAGUGGGGAGAUUCAAUCCGAGAAACCAGCAGCAGAGUCUCUAAAGAGCAAAGGACAUAGACCCCGAGAAUCUGCAAGUGGCAAGAAGGCUGUGGCAAGAGAUGAUGACCAAGAGUUGUUGCUAUGCGGCAGAGACGAAGAGAAGCAAGUAGGGCUGGAUGGCCGGAGAGCCACUGAUACGGGCACAGAGACUCUUCCUCCAAAGAUUGUGGCAAUGCACAGAGUCAGAUGGAACCCGAAUAAGGGGAGCGAGAGGUGGCUUUGCUCUGGAGGUGCAGCUGGGAUCCUUCGAUGCCAGGAGAUCCGUUUGUAGGUCAGGAAAGUUGGACCCUAGGUCCCAAUCCAUUUUAAAUUUAUUCUGGGUCAGUUCAAAUUAAUCAAUCUUUAGGUCUGCUGUAUAUAUCCUCCACAGGAGUUGUAAAUUCUGGCAUCGCAUUAAUCUUAGAUAGCUGGCAUGCUUAGACACUGUAUGUUAUCCAAAAUCUAGGAUUUUUUGAUGUUGUACAGAGGGCUAUCGACGUGUAGUAGCUUAAGGUAAGCUCUAACAUGAGAUCUGAUGUGAGAAAUGAUAAUAAGCAAAUAUGUCUUUUAGCCUA